AUGAGUACGACGAACGCACAAACUAAUUCGGGACACGCACACGAUGAAGCUCACUCGAGAGGAAGUACGAUCGACGCAUUUUUCGCCGGCACGGUGAUCCUUUUAACCGGCGCUACGGACUUCUUGGGGAAAGCCCUUCUGGAAAAGCUGCUGCGCUCGUGUCCCGUGGCCGCAAUUUUCGUUCUGAUCCGUCCGAAAAGAAAUAAAUCCAUCGAGCAACGUUUCGAGUCAGUUAUUGCGAGAAAUAUCAACACAGCGUCAGUGGUCGAGUUGGCUAAGACACCCGUAUCGGAGAUUCCCAGAAGUCCCAGGUUGAGGGUUUUUGACAGGAUACAAUCGGAGUUUCCGGACACCUUGAAAAAGAUCUUCCCCGUGAAAGGCGACGUGAGCCUGCCGGAAUUGGGACUCGAACCCGAUGACAGAAAGAUGCUUUUGGAUAAAGUCAACAUAGUGUUCCACAGCGCGGCCACCGUGCGUUUCAACGAGCCGCUGAAAAUCGCCGUUAAUUUGAAUGUGAUGGGCACCGAUCGUAUGUUGGACUUGUGCAGGCGCAUGACAAACCUUAUUAGCGUUAUUCAUGUCAGCACAGCCUACAGUAAUGCUGAUCGACUGGAGAUUGAGGAAUCGAUUUACACUACGGAGGUGAAGCCGCACACGGUGGUCCAUAUGUGUGAAAAUUUGGAUGACGAGACGAUAAAAAUUACAGAAAAGAAAUUGAUCGGGAAACAUCCCAAUACAUAUACAUUCACUAAGAAUUUAGCAGAGCAGAUAGUAAUGAAGAAAGGAAAAAAUUUACCGAUUGCGAUUGUAAGGCCGAGCAUAAUUUGCGCAGCAAACCAAGAUCCAUUUCCCGGAUGGAUUGAUAAUAUCAAUGGUAUUACAGGUAUAAUGACGGCGAUUGCUCAAGGUACUGUUAGAAGUAUCGUGUGCAACGCAAAAUUAAAAAUAGACGUCGUACCGGUUGAUUUCGUCGUUAAUACGAUGAUCUGCGCAUCUUGGUCUAAUUUUGUGCAACGUACCAAAAGGAUCAAGGUUUACAAUUGUACCAGCAGCACAUUGCAUCCUAUUACAUGGAAUGAAUUUGGAUACCUUAUAAAAAAAUACUCUACAGAAUUUCCAUCAAAACACGUGAUGUGGUAUCCAGGUUUCACAUUCAGAACAAACAAAUUUAUUCACGCCAUUGUUAGGGCAACAUUACAUUUUCUGCCUGCCUUCAUCCUAGAUUUGAUAUCAAGAGCCCGAAGCCACAAAUCCAUAAUGCUGAAGUUAACCAAGCGGAUUGACCUCUCCGCCCAAACAGGAGAAUUUUUUUCCACUCAUGAGUGGAUAUGGCGUGUAGAUAAUAUGAUUGCUUUGAUGGAAUUUGCAAGCACACACGAAAGCUGUAGAAACUUUGAAGUGAAUAUUCAAAAUAUGGAUUGGGACAUGUACUUACAACGGUACAUAUUAGGAAUCCGUAAAUAUAUCUUGAAAGAAAAUCUGGACACUUUACCUUAUGCUCGAAGUCGAUUAAAAAAAUUGUACUUGGUGCUUCAAUGCGCAAAAAUACUCGGUUUCGUUGCAUUAUUCGAAAGUUUAAAGUACUUAUGUCGCACAAUAGUAUGGAAAACAUGAAUACAAAAUUUAGUACUACAAUCAGAUAUAGGAUAGUAUUUUUCACAUUUAUUGUUAUAUAAAUUUAACAAUAGAUUUAAUGCGUAUAAGGAGUUAAGUAUACCACCGUUGGGAAAAUAUUCCAAUGUUCAAAAGUAUGUAAUAUCCGCAGCCUCGAGCAGAGAAGUGGAAAGAAAGCGGUGGAGAGGACGAAAGAGAAGUGCAAGGGUUGUAGAAGGAAGGGUUAAGGAAUGCCGGUUAAGGAAUGUCGGUCAAAGGAGGUGACAUACUUUUCAUGCAAGACGAAGGGGCAUUUUCAAUCCGACUGUCCGAAUAAGGGAAAGGAGCAGUCGUCGAAGGCAGCAGAGGCGUUAUUGUGAAACGAAAUUUAUUUAAUCUUUGCAAAAUGUAUUAUAUUAUUAUUCGAUAUCAUCAAAGAUUAAUCUUUAUUAAGAAUUUGUAACAAAGACCAAAUAAACAAGCAAACAAAUGGUUAAUUUAA